GAAAGACAAUACCAACCCAAAACCAAAACGAUCAGCUCACCAUAGUCCUACCACAAUACACCCCGCCUCAAAAUGCCCCCCAACCCCAACUCCAACCCCAUCCCGACAACCUUCGUCUCACGCAACAAUCUCCACCUAGCCGCCCAUCUGUACCCGCCGUGCCGCAAUGCCCCCUCCCGCGCUGGCGCCGCCAUCAUAAUCGCCCACCCGUGGACUUCCAUCAAAGAACAAUCCCCGGCCAACUACGCCCGCUACCUCUCCGCCGCCGGGUUCACCUGCCUGACCUACGACGCCGCCCACCACGGCGAAUCCCCCGGCCACCCCCGCCACCUGGAAGACCCCUACCAGCGCGUCGAGGAGAUCAAGAACGCAGCCACCCACCUAGCCACCAACCUUUCUGACUUUGUGGAUCCCCACCGCAUCGGGGUCCUAGGCAUCUGCGCCGCAGGCGGGUACGCCGCCUUCGCCGCGCAGACGGACCUGCGACUCCGGGCCGUGGCGACCGUCUCCGCGGCGUGCGUGGGCGACUUAGUCCGGCGCGGUGGUUCUUUAUCCCAAGACACCGUUGACCCGGCAAUCCUGCAGACGCAACUUGCGCUGGCAGCAAAGGACCGCACUGCCAUGGACCUCCCCACCCGGGGAGAAGGAGAUGAAGAUGUAGGGCUGGUGCGAAUGCUCCCGCAGCGCUACGAGGACCUACCCGCCGAUGCACCCCCGGCCAUGCGGGAUUUCGCGGCAUACUACUGCACCCCCCGGGGCUACCAUCCCCGGGCCGAAGGGGUGGCGCGCGCGCAGAGCUGGGAUCUGAUGGCGAAUUUCGAGGCGUUUCGGUUCAUGGAUAGGGUCAGUCCAAGGCCGGUGUUGAUGGUUGUUGGGGAGAGGGCGGAGAGUCGAUGGGUGAGUGAGGCUGCUGUUGAGCGGGCGAGGGAGCCGAAGGAGGUGUUUGUGGUGGAGGGGAGGUCGCAUGCUGAUUUGUAUGAUCGUGUCGAGGAGGAUGGGGUCGGGGAGAAGUUGGUGCAGUUUUUUAUGGGGGGGUUGGUGGGGGUUUAGGGUUGGAUUGGGUGGCGGUAUGAGUGCUUUCACGACUGGAGUAGGGCUUCGGACUCUAGCACUCAGUGGUGAGUUUUUAUGGUCGGCAAGUUGAGAAAGAUUUUUGUACAUAAGUACAGGUGGUUCUUUGGCCUUCCAGUGAUUAUACGAGAGCCAUAAAAAGGCACAGAAGAUUGGAGAGAUCCACUAUAGAUGUGGGGUGAAGAUAAAUAAUGGUUAAAAGCAAAAGU